AUGAGCACGCUGUUUGACAAGCUCCAGCAGGACUACUGUCCCGAUCUCAGUCCCGUCAUCGUUCUAGCCAUCCUGAACGAGCUAGAACCUCAAGAUGAGACCGUUGCUCGAGACCAACUCAACAUGCUCCUCCAUCACGCGCAGCUCAACACGAGCGUAGAGCCUGCUCCAUCUCCAUCUCCCCCUCUGUCUACAGACGACUCGGCAUCCAACGCUUCAGAGCCCUUGUCGCUCUCAUCCAACGAUGAAGCUUUUGCCUUUUUGGAGACUUGUUUCCCCGAUAUACCGCUUUCCCAGCUAUCAGUCGCUCUCGAAUCGGCGCAGAACGAUGCAGAUAGAGCAGUAGAGAUACUCUUGAGUGAACAGUUGAUAGAGACUGGCCUACAGGACGAUGCCGCUUCGGCAUCUACCUCCGCCGACGAGGCGCUUGCUACUGGUCUAUCACACAGGUCAAACGGCAGGAAGAAGAAACACAAACCAGCGCAGACUCAGACUAUCUCAUUGACAGAUGUGAGAAAGACGCAAGCGCGACGCGGAGCAGGCUCAGAUCUAUCGGAUGACGACUCUUCCACUCAUCCGCGUAGUACGCGGAAGAACGGCGUAGGAGGCGUGAGCAGGUGGAUACUGCUAGAAUCGCAAGCGAAAUCUCUGGCUAUGUUGCUUCAUAUCGAGCCACAGCAGAUCACUUCUGCUUACCACAAAGCAGACUCGUCCCUGCCGCUUGCACUCGACAAGAUCAUGGACGAGUUGGAAGCGAAAAGACCUUGUGCCGACUUGCCCGAUUCUGUCGAAACGCUUGCUCAUCUGAAGAUUAUGUUCCCGGAUCGAUCCUUCGGUGCGCUACAACGUCUCUUGAGCGCAACGGACGGAGUGGCAAGCGAUGCUAUCGACCUCAUGUGGCAAUUAGACGAGAUCACUCGGAGAGAUGGAACGCCUCUCUUCAGUGCACUUGUCAGCUCUUCUGCUCAUACGCCAACGAAUUACAGAGCUUCGAUUGUGCAUAGCAAUUCGGCGUCUAUACCCAAAGAACCCACACCUACACCUGUGCCCACACUGGCCAGCUUGCCUCAACGAGUCAGACCGGCCGUGUCGAGAGAGCCGGAUGCAGCCCAGUGUACUGCUAUGGCAGAUAGAUACAGAGACAAGCGAAACGACGCUUAUCGUUCUGCGACUAGAUUAUGGCAGUCGGGCGGCAAAGAGCGAACUGCAGCAGGAACGUACAGCGAGAGAGGACGAGAGUUUGAAGCAAUGGCGAAAGAAUGGGACCUGAGAGCUGCUCGUGCGCUUGUGGAUACUCGUACGAGAAAGUACAGCAAGGAGAACACGAUCGACCUGCAUCAUCUGACUGUUGCUCAAGCGAACGUACUCGUCAUGGAGAGUCUCAAUACUUGGCAAGCUUCGGUGACGAGAUCUCAGCCGAUGCAUAUCAUCACCGGUGCCGGUCUGCACUCGACUGGUCAACAUGCUGUGCUCUUGCCUUCUAUUUCGAAGCUGCUCAAGAAGGAAGGAUACUCUUACAAAUUAGACGGAGGUGCAAGAGGUGGAAGAUCGUCUGGCUUGAUCGUUUGGCCUUGA